AUGGGCAACGCCGUUCCUCUCAUAACCAAGAGGCACGAUUCGUUGUGGCUGAAUCACCCGAAAUUCGUCGGUUCGUUUGUAGAGGGAAGAGAAGUGUUUUUCUUCUUCCGAGAAGUUUCCGAAGAAAACUGCGAGAAGAUUUACCGUUCGCGAAUCGCCCGCGUUUGCACCGACGACAAGGGAGGCAGAACGAUACUGGACUCCAGUUGGACGACUUUUCUGAAGGCGCGACUCGACAGUUCGUUCCGAGGGGAAUUUCCGUUUCGCUUCAACUACCUGCAGGACGUCGUGCGGACCGUCCGCGGAGGAAAGGUCAUCUACUACGCAGUUUUCACGACGAAGGAACACGAAAUACCCGCCUCGGCCAUCUGCCGUUUUGGCCUCGACGACAUAAGGGACAACAUCGAAAGAGGUCCGUUCUUGCGACCAACGGCGCCUUGGGGACGCAUCCCGGAUGAGGACGUUCCGGACAACAGACCGGGCGAUUGUUCGGUCGACUCGACUCUACUUUCGUACGAAGAUCUGAAUUUCGUGAAAUCGCACCCGUCGCUGUACGAACCGGUCGGAAGUGGGGACCCGCUCUUUACGCUCGUUCGACAAAACUACAGGUUGAAGACGUUGACCGUGACUGAGACCGGUAACCGUACGGUCGUUUUCGUCGGAACGGACGACGGUCGAGUCUUGAAAUUGGUGCUGUCGGAAAAUCAGGCCGUCCUUCUGUACGUCAUGCGCGCGACAGAGCAACCGAUCACGAACGCCGGCUUGAAUGGUAAAUUUUUGUACGUAACCUCUACCGAUCGACUUUACGAAAUCCCUCUUCUACGGCAUUGCCGACUCCUGAACGAUCGCACACGCAAGCAAGAUCCGCAUUGCAGUUUAAUGUCGACGCACUCCGGCGUCGAGUUGGAACCAAGACCGUCGGAGCACGUGCAGACAGUGGAAAAGACGAACGCGGACGUCGAGUUGGAACCAAGACCGUCGGAGCACGUGCCGAACGUGAAGGCCACGAACGCCGACUUGGAGUUGGACCCAAGGCGUUCGGAGCACUUGCCGAACGUGCAGGCGAAGAACGCCUCUCUGGACUCGCCGUCGACGGAUCACAUCAGUCUCGUCGCAUUCGCAGCAAUAGGGUGGACACUUUGUAUAGUUAAAGCUAUAGGCAUUGUUUGGUUGAUAUUUAAAGUUACUUUGUUGGUACGGUAA